AUGCCGCCCGGCGCCGACGCAGUCGCGCAGGCACGCGCGCUUCUGGGGCAGCUGCGCACGCUCGCGGCGCAGCACGAGCAGGUGCUUGCCGCGUACGAGCGCCAGCUCGACGUGAUCACCGCCGGCGGCUCGGCAAAGGUAGCCCAGCUCAAGGCGCCCAACAAGCGCCCGCUGGGGCUUGGCCCCGCAGACGCCGAGGGCCCAGAGGCCAAGAAGCAGCGGCUGGUCGCGGAGCAGCAGCAGCGCCGCAACGCGCUGUGGCACGAGUGCUACAAGGUGCUGGACCGCUGCCGGCGCAACCAGAAGGCCGAGGCGUUCAAGAAGCCGGUGGACCCCAUCCGCAUGAAGAUCCCUGACUACCCCCUGCUCGUGAAGAACCCCAUGGACUUGCAGACUGUCGGGGAGAAGCUCAAGCUGCGCGUGUACAAGGACCCGGCAGAGUUUGCGGCCGACAUGCGGCUGAUCUGGGACAACGCUGUGAUCUACAACGGCCGCACCCACGUCGUCGGCCUGGCGGCGCAGGCGAUGAGCGAGUUCUUUGAGAAGGCGUGGGGCCCACUGCAGGUGGACAAGCAGUGGGGUAUCAUGCUCAAGCAGGAGGACCUUGCGCGCGAGGCGCUGCAGGGCAACACAGAAGGCCUACCCAACAGCGACCUGCCGCGCCAGCUCAAGGAGAAGCGCGAUAUGCUGGGCCACUACAUAGCGGCGCGCGACUUCAACGAGGGCGUGCCGCCCGGCAGCCUGGGGCCGUUCGACCCGGCGCGCGGCAUGAACUUUGAGGAGAAGCGCAAGCUGAGCGCGCACCUGGCGUCGCUGCCAGGGGAGAAGAUGCAGCGGGUGGUAGACAUUGUGGAGGCCGGGCUCCAGAACCCGCCCACUGAUGCGGACGGCGAGCUGGAAGUUGACAUUGAUACACUGCCAGACGCGGUGCUGUGGCAGUUGAAGGAGUACGUGGACGCAGUGCUUGCGCCGCCCGCUGCCCCGCCCAAGAAGGGCGGCGCCUCCAAGGGCGCUGCCUCCAAGGCGCCCGACAAGCGGCCGCCGCACAAGGGCGGCGCAGCGGCCAAGGGCGGCGCGCCCAAUCAGGGCCCGGCAACCAAGGGCGCACCAAACCAGGGCGGCUCGUUGGGUGGCGGGGCGCAGGGGCUUGGAGGCGCGGUGCCGGCCAGUGGCGUGGGGACGCCCAUACAGGGCAUCGGCAGUGCAGCGGCGCGGGGCAGCACGCCGACGGGGGGAACGCCGCCACCAGCGGCGGCUGUGGUCGCAGCGGCGCUCCCCUCAGUACCUCAGCUGGCAGCCCCUGAGCCUCCUGCGGCGGCCGUGGCGGCCGGGCAGCAGCAGCAAGAGCAACAGCAGCAGCAGCAGCAGCAGCACCACCCAGAGGAGCCCUCGGCACCUCGCCCUUCACAGCAGCAGCAAGUCGCGGACAAGCAGCACCCACCAGGCUCUAAUGGUCACGUUGGACUCGAAACAGCUCUCACAACCCCGGCGGAUGCCUCCGCCAAGGCGGAUGCGACGCCCUCUGACCUGCCGCCACCGGCUGCAGAGGCCGCCAGCGCAGGCGCCGCGGACGCGGCCAGGCCCUCAGACCCUGCGGCUGCUGCGGCGCCUCUGGAGGCGGCUGCGGACCCAGCGCCGCAGGUCAAGCGUGAGGAGGGGGGCGCUGCGGCGCCGACCACAGAGAUCGCGGCCCCCGCCAGCGAGGAGAAGGCGGCUGCAGCAGGCGUCGAGGCACCCGUGGCCGCAGAGGCUGCGCCCGCCGCAGCGGACGACGCGGCAAGGAGCGAUGCACCUGCCGUGACCAAGGAUGAGCCAGAGGCUGAGGGGCAGCAGCAGCAGCAGCAACACCACCACCACCACCAGCAGCAGCAGCAGCAGCAGCAGCAGCAGCAUGAGGAAGUGAAGCAGGAACAUGCGCCGCAGCUGCACCACGGGGAGCUGGAGCUGCAGCACCAGGCGCAGGAGCAGCAGGAGCAGGAUGCGGAGCCGCAGCAGCAGCACCACUCGGCGGAGCCGCAGGCCAUGGAGACGGACGGCGCAGUGCCUGUCGCGGGCGCCGACGAGGGCAGGCCCCCUCCUGUUGAUGAGGAGCAGCCUGGCCCCGCGAGCGGCACCGCGACACCCUUGCCCACUGCAGAGGGCCCGUCGGCUGAGGGUGGGGCAGGCGUGAGGGACGAGCAAAUGGCGGACGGCUAA